AUCUCUUUCACUCUCCCGAGUCCCGCUUCUAUACGUGUGUGUGUAUAUAUAUAUAUACAGAACACUAUGUAGCAGAAACCGUUACUAAAGCUUGGGCGUUGGUUAGGUUACCUCAUUUCGGAGCACGAUCAAAGUGCGUUUUAAUUGUGAAAACUUUUUAAAAAAGUAUAGUUUUAUUUAUAUAAAAUGGAGCCCAAUAGAAAGAAACGCUAUAGGAAAAGAAUAAAGUUAAAUAAUUUAGAAAAACGGGCUAGAGUGUGUAGUGAUUUGAAUAGUGCAGAAAAUAAUUUAACAGAUUCACCUUCUGAUUAUCUCAGUAAUUGCAGUGAAUCUGAUUUGCUAAAAUUGCCUAUAUUAAACUUAAAUUCAAUCAGUGAUAACAGUGAUAAUAACAAGAAAGUGUGUGAUGCUACUGAUUCCUUUACCUCUAAUGAUACAAGUAGUGAUGAAGAGAGAUUGUACAAGCUUGAAGAUGUAGUAGAAAUACAACGAAUACAAGAAUGGGUUGUGUCCAAUAAUGUGCCUCACAAUUAUGUGGAUAAACUGCUCGAGAUCUUAAAGCACAGGCUCCUACCAACCAUUCCCAAGAAUACAAGAACUCUUUUAAAGUGCCAAGUUGAUCUAACUAGUAUAGAACCAAUGAUAGCAUCUAAUGAGUCAGUAGGAGAAUUUAAGUAUAUUGGUCUAAAAAAUCAGUUAGAGAAAACAGUCGAUGUCAGCUUACAUGAGACGCGUACUCUGGAACUCAUAAUAAACAUCGAUGGCAUGUCACCUUUUAAAUCAAGUUCAGUCACUAUAUGGCCAAUACUUGUAAAAGUGUUUACGUCUCCUGAUAUGUAUGAGCCAUUUACUGUGGCUGUCUACUCUGGAAAUGGAAAGCCUAAGAGUUCCAUAGAAUAUUUGAAGAAAUUCAUUCAAAAGGUCAAUCAGUUACUUAGUAAUGGAUUAAUUAUCAAAGACAAUCUAUUCAAAAUCAAAAUAAAAUAUUUUGUGUGUGAUUCUCCAGCUAGAUCCUUUCUUAAAUGUAUAAAAGGACAUUCAGCUUAUGAUGGAUGUGAAAGAUGUGAAGUGAGAGGUGAAAAAGUGAAGGGGGUUACAGUGUUCUUACAAUUAGACGCAGUAAAAAGAUCGAAUGAGAAGUUCAGGAUGUUUGAUGAUCCGAAGUGCCACGUAUCUGCUACACCAUUAUGUGCUAUAAAAUCUUUAGAUCUAGUAUCACAAUUUAUACUAGAUCCCAUGCACCUUUUAUACCUUGGUUGCACUAAAAGGAUCCUUGAGUAUCUUUUGUCCUCGUCAACUCAUAAGAUUAGAUUGAGUUCUACUCAAAAAUUAGAAUUGGUACGCAGGACUGCUCUGAUAAAGAGUGACAUCCCAGAUGAAUUUCCACGUAAAAUGAGAUCAACUGAGCACUGGAGUAAAUACAAGGCCGUGGAAUUUAAAUUUUUUACACACUAUGCUGCUGCUGUUGUUUUUAAAAAAUUACUACCUGAUAAUGUGUAUAACAACUUGAUGCUACUUACUACAGCAUGCAGGUUAUUAUCAGACAAACGUGAUAUUCAAGUUCAACAAGCCAGAGAAUAUUUUACACAGUUUGUGAAGGACGCAACAACUUUGUAUGGACCAACAUUUAUCUCUUUGAAUGUGCAUAACCUCAUUCAUUUAGCUGAUGAUGUGGAAAAUUUUGGAUACUCGUUGACUGAAUUAAGUGCUUUCCCUUUUGAAUCGUAUCUGGGAAGUAUAAGUGCAGUGAUAAGAUCUUCAAGUCAUAUAGUUGCUCAAUAUUGUAAACGGCUUCAAGAAAAAGAAACUUUUGUAAAGAAGAAUAUGGUUAUUCCACUGGAACUGGAGAUAGUUACAACAAAGAAAAAAAUAAUACAUAAAAUAAAGUAUAAAGGAUGGAUAUUAUCAAUCAAACAUCCGAAUAAUACCAUACUAUUAAAAGGUGGUGUUUUUGCUAAUAUUCAUUCAAUUCAUUGUAGUGAUGAUAACAAAAAUUAUAUGCAAGUGAAAAAAUACGUGAGAACAGAAUCUGUUUUUAUGCAUCCGUGUGAUUCAAAAGCAUUAAAUAUUUGUGAAGUGUCAAAGCUAUCAGAGAAUCUGAUCAAUAUACCUUUAGAAAAUAUUAAACAACAACUAGUAAGACUAACAAUGAACUUUUCAAAAGAAGAGCCGGAGAGGAUAUUUGUACUACCUUUACAACAUUAGACAAAUGCAUAUGUGCACGCAAUCCUGGAAACUAGAAAGUUGAACCCAUUACAUUAUGAGGAUGAGUGAGAGUGACAGUGAAGAAGAAUAUAGUCAGUAUAGUCUGAAAAAGUAUGCACUGAUACGCUUUAUACAUAGAGGAAGGAAAAGACGUGUUGAAAGUAUUGACAUAGUGCCAAGUAAAUGGUUAGACUUUGACAAACGCAAGGCCAGAUGUGUAACCAAAUUUUUGGAAGAGCCUUACAGCGAAGAGGACCUUGAACUUUUACACAAAUUGGUAAUUGCAGACGUAGAAGCUCCAGAGGACUGGCCAACUUUCUCUGUCAAGAUAGUUGGAAGAGCAGGCACGUACAAGGAGGCUUUGAUGAAGAUCAAGAAAUUAGAAACGGAGGAUCAUGUUUUAACGCUGGAAUCUGAAGACAGUGCUUCAGAAGCACAAAGACAGCUUACUUUAGCUGUAAAGCGUCAAAAGCUGCAAAUGGAAGCUGAAAAGUUGAACGAAGAAUUAGUAUCCUUAGAUGAACCUAAUGAACCAUUACACGUACCGGACAAGUCUGGUUUGGAUGUCGAAGUUGAAUGCCAAAAUGAAAAACUCUCUAGUCCUACUAUGACUACAAAAAAAUCUUCAGUAUCAGAUCAUGCACCAUCGGAAGAGAUUGUAUCACCAAGCAUCAAUGAAAGGACCAAAGUUACAAAAGUAUCGGCUUCUUCGAGUAAAUGCAAAGGUCUGAAGGCAAAUCAGCUUGACAAGCCCAUCCCCGGCACAUCCAGAUCUAUUACUCCACCAAGUAAUGCUCUUACAGACAGUGUGCCCGUAAGCUUUGAUCUCAACCAAAUUUUGGAUGCUCCAAUUUUCUAUGGCAACGUUGAAUGCAAGACACCUUUCGAGGCGGCUGUUAUUAUGAGGCUAGACCAGUUAGCUUCAGACAUGAUCGAUGUCAAGCAAGAAGUGGCUUCCUUAAAGGGCAAUCAAGCUGCUGUAACUAACUUUUUGGCUGAUAAAAAGCUAGUUGUCAAGAAUACAGCAGACUUCGAGGGAAAGUAUCAGAUCCCUAUACCUUUACUUCGAUAUGAAAAUUUCCAAGCUUUUGAAGAAAAGUUGAAGACAGAUGAUCUGUUUAAAAAAGAUGUGUAUUUAGAGCUCAAGUCUAAUGUUGACAAAGUAGAUUUCAGUGUAAGUAAAUCUAUUGUGAAGAUGAUGAAGAAAUUUUUCACAAAGGAUUUAGCAAUGAAAUUUACUGCUAUUAGAUUAUCAGUGAAAAAUAAGGAAAAAAUAAAGUUCAGACCAACUGAGCUCUGUGCAAUGAUGGAAGCUGUAAUUGCGAAAAUAAGGAAGGAAAAAGCAUUACCAAUUGACACUGAUGCAUUUAAUUCAUCGUUGACUGAUGUAUUGACUAACAUUUCCAGAUGGAAGUAAAAACGUAUAAUAUAAUAGUAAUGUGAAAAAUUUUAAAUUGGACUUCAAUAAAAUUAUUUAUUUAUUUAUUUAUUAAAAC